AUGGAGAAAAAAGAAUUUUUUUGUGUCUUACAGGAUAACGUCGACCAUUAUGUUAAUAAUCAUGAUAAUGACAAAAAUGAUGAUGAUUACAAUGAUGAUGAUGGUCAUCAUCUUUUUAAUGAUCAUGGUGAUAUCCAUGAUGAUGAUAAUAAGGAUAACGUCGACCAUUAUGAUAACGUCGACCAUUAUGUUAAUAAUCAUGAUGACGACAAAUAUGAUGAUGAUGAUUACACUGAUGAUGAUGGUCAUCAUCUUUUUAAUGAUCAUGGUGAUAACCGUGAUGAUGAUUAUAAGGAUAACGUCGACCAUUAUGUUAAUAAUCAUGAUGAUGACAAAUAUGAUGAUGAUGAUGAUUACAAUGAUGAUGAUGAUGGUCAUCAUCUUUUUAAUGAUCAUGGUGAUAACCGUGAUGAUGAUAAUAAGGAUAACGUCGACCAUUAUGUUAAUAAUCAUGAUGAUGACAAAAAUGAUGAUGAUUACAAUGAUGAUGAUGUUCAUCAUCUUUUUAAUGAUCAUGGUGAUAACCGUGAUGAUGAUAAUAAGGAUAACGUCGACCAUUAUGUUAAUAAUCAUGAUGAUGACAAAUAUGAUGGUGAUGAUUACAAUGAUGAUGAUGGUCAUCAUCUUUUUAAUGAUCAUGGUGAUAACCGUGAUGAUGAUAAUAAGGAUAACGUCGACCAUUAUGUUAAUAAUCAUGAUGAUGACAAAUAUGAUGGUGAUGAUUACAAUGAUGAUGAUGGUCAUCAUCUUUUUAAUGAUCAUGGUGAUAACCGUGAUGAUGAUAAUAAGGAUAACGUCGACCAUUAUGUUAAUAAUCAUGAUGAUGACAAAUAUGAUGGUGAUGAUUACAAUGAUGAUGGUGGUCAUCAUCUUUUUAAUGAUCAUGGUGAUGACAGUGAUGAUGACAAUAAGGAUAACGUCGACCAUUAUGUUAAUAAUCAUGAUGAUGACAAAAAUGAUGAUGAUUACAAUGAUGAUGAUGUUCAUCAUCUUUUUAAUGAUCAUGGUGAUAACCGUGAUGAUGAUAAUAAGGAUAACGUCGACCAUUAUGUUAAUAAUCAUGAUGACGACAAAUAUGAUGAUGAUAAUUACACUGAUGAUGAUGGUCAUCAUACUUUUAAUGAUGAUGGUCAUCAUCUUUUUAAUGAUGAUGGGGAUAACCAUGAUGAUGAUAAUAAGGAUAACGUCAACCAUUAUGUUAAUAAUCAUGAUGAUGACAAAUAUGAUGAUGAUGAUGAUUACAAUAAUGAUGAUGGUCAUCAUCUUUUAAGAGAUCAUGGUGAUAACCGUGAUGAUGAUAAUAAGGAUAACGUCGACCAUUAUGUUAAUAAUCAUGAUGAUUACAAUGAUGAUGAUGGUGAUCAUCUCUUUAAUGAUCAUGGCAAUAACCAUGAUGAUGAUAAAAAUGACGAUUGUUACAAUGAUAUCGAUGAUAAUGAUGAUGAUAAUUAUAAAAAGGAAGAUAAUUUAACAAUAGUAAUGAUGAUAAUACUGAUUACAUUAUAA